CGAGGCGAACGCCGGCUCUCGGGUCACGUGACGCGACCGGAGCGUCGUCGGCUCCUCCCUCUCCAAGAUGGCGUCCUUGCUGCAAUCGGAGCGGGUCCUCUACCUCGUCCAGGGAGAAAAGAAGGUUCGGGCCCCUCUCUCGCAGCUUUACUUCUGCCGCUACUGCAGCGAGCUGCGGUCGCUGGAAUGUGUGUCUCACGAGGUGGACUCUCAUUAUUGCCCCAGUUGCUUAGAAAAUAUGCCAUCGGCUGAAGCCAAACUAAAAAAGAACAGAUGCGCCAACUGCUUUGACUGUCCCGGCUGCAUGCACACCCUCUCCACCCGGGCCACAAGCAUCUCCACACAGCUUCCCGAUGACCCAGCCAAGACCACCAUGAAGAAAGCCUAUUACCUGGCCUGUGGGUUUUGUCGCUGGACAUCUAGAGAUGUGGGCAUGGCAGACAAAUCUGUGGCUAGUGGUGGUUGGCAGGAACCUGAAAAUCCUCACACUCAACGGAUGAACAAACUGAUUGAAUAUUAUCAGCAGCUUGCUCAGAAGGAGAAGGUUGAACGAGAUCGCAAGAAACUGGCACGGCGUAGAAACUAUAUGCCUUUGGCUUUUUCGCAACACACUAUUCAUGUAGUGGACAAAUAUGGUCUUGGAACCAGGCUUCAGCGACCACGAGCUGGUGCAACCAUCACUACCCUGGCUGGACUUUCCCUUAAAGAAGGAGAGGACCAGAAAGAGAUAAAGAUUGAGCCAGCUCAAGCUGUAGAUGAAGUGGAACCUCUACCUGAAGACUAUUAUACAAGACCAGUCAAUUUAACAGAGGUAACCACCCUUCAGCAGCGCCUCUUACAGCCUGACUUCCAGCCAGUCUGUGCUUCUCAGCUCUAUCCUCGUCACAAACAUCUUCUGAUCAAACGGUCCCUGCGCUGCCGGAAAUGUGAACAUAAUUUGAGCAAGCCAGAAUUUAAUCCAACAUCUAUCAAAUUUAAAAUCCAGCUGGUUGCUGUCAAUUACAUCCCAGAAGUGAGAAUCAUGUCGAUUCCCAACCUUCGCUACAUGAAGGAGAGCCAGGUUCUCCUGACUCUUACGAAUCCAGUGGAGAACCUCACCCAUGUGACACUGCUGGAGUGCGAUGAAGGGGACCCUGAUAAUACCAACAGCACUGCUAAGGUGGUGGUGCCACCCAAAGAACUGGUGCUGGCCGGCAAGGACGCAGCCGCUGAGUACGAUGAGCUGGCAGAGCCCCAGGACUUUCAGGAUGAUCCCGACAUUAUAGCCUUCAGAAAGGCCAACAAAGUGGGCAUUUUCAUCAAGGUUACCCCACAACGUGAGGAGGGCGAAGUGACCGUGUGCUUUAAGAUGAAGCAUGAUUUUAAAAACCUGGCAGCGCCCAUCCGCCCCAUCGAAGAAAGUGACCAGGGCACAGAAGUCAUCUGGCUCACUCAGCAUGUGGAACUCAGCUUGGGCCCACUUCUCCCUUAAAGGUUUCACUGGCGGGCAGAGCCCAAAGGACAGUGUCACCACAAGUCCACGUUAAAGCGUGGAAGCCGCUGCUUCACUAGCCCCUGUUAUAACAAUGUACCCACACACUACUGAGUCCUGUCCUAGGAGGGCAGGGCCUAGGCCAGGCAUUAGGAACACAGGGCAACUGCUGUUCCUCUCACUUCUGUUAACACCAGAAAGUCUGUGUCUCCCUCACUGAACCCUGCACGUUGAAUACAACAGCAUAGCUCCAUCUGAGGAAAAGGGAUGGCUGUUCCUCUGGGUGGCAUUAGAGUUACCACUUGAGAAACUGACAUACUAUCUCCUGGUCUGAUCUCACACAGGAUCGUAAUCUCACAGAUGAACUGAAAAUUAUAACUGAAAGAUAGGCCUGUUGGCCACAAUCCGGCCUUGGUCUCAAUGUACCAACUGCUUCCUGCAUUCCAUUAGAUAUAACCUAGCAGUCUAAACAUAUCUCUUCACUUGCCAUCAUGGCCACCAUCGUGCCAUUGAUUUCCAUUUGACAGAAAAAUGGAAUUGUCACAUUGUCUUAGUUCUGUGAUGAUUGGAAAUUCUUAAGGCACUCUCAUUUGCUCUCUUCUGAGUGAAUAUAGGAUACUUAUUUAUUGGUUGCUCUUAAAAAAUUUUCCAAGUAGAAUAUGGAACUUUUUUUUUAAGAAGAAGUUGAGAAGAAGGCACUUACAUGUCAUAUCAAGGGGUUGGCAAAUUCCAUUCACUUUAAAUUUUGCUGUAAUACCCAGGGAUUAAUGCUUCCACAGGGAGGCAGUCUUGCUAUGUCUUACUCCCCACCCCUUCUCUGCUCUGCCUCUUUAACUCAGUAGAUUAUUCUGAAUAUCUGGGACCUGGAAAGGGCCCAAAGAAAACUUGGUGGACAAGUUCACUUCUGGAAUGCACAAAACAUCUUAAAAGGUUAGAUUGUAAGCAUGAUCUGAACUAAUGUUCUUUCCAUUGAUUUGAAGGGGAGAUUAACAGUUAUAAUCUCUUGAAUCCCAAACUGGAUAUUAAGAAAGAACCUUUCCCCUUCCUGAGUUUGACUUUUAUCACAUGGUGUGUCAAAUAAGACCAUUUUGAUUGUAAAAUAGCUCAGCAAGCAGCCCAGAACAUUUGCCUAACAGCACACAUUCUGUUUCCAUUCUGUAUCCUGGAGUUGGGUUGUUAACCUGAAUUUCUGUGAUGUUUUCUACAAUGAAACUUGAGACAGUAGACCACAAGCUGUACCACAUUUUCUAUAAAUGCAUUGUUAGCAAAUGGCCAGCAGACUUUUGGUAAAAAGAGAAAUUUUCUGUUUACCCUGGUUUUGUUUUUAAGUUCAAGCCUUUAGUUUAGAAGAAAAGGUUAAGAUAUAUAGAAAUCUAGGAUAUAGACAGGACCAAGUAUCUUGCCAGCUCCCUGGAAGAUAACUACAUUUAGGAAGCCUUUGAAAGACACUAAGUGGUACUCUUAAGAUCAAGCCAAUUUUAUGAAACAAUAUUCCACAGAGUAAUAUAUAUGCUACAGUAAGGAAAAAUACCCCUAAUAUUAUGACAAUAAUAAGUAUGGUUUAGCCUCUUAAAAGUUGGGGCAGGUGUUGUAUAAUAACAAAUUUGCAAACUAUAGAAAUAGUUUAAUUUGUUGUGACCCCCACAGAGUGUCAAAUUAAUUUUUAUUUCACUACCUUACUGUGAAGCCACUGCUCCCAUCUGCCAGCGAAGAAAGAGCAGCAAAGUAGACAAUAGCUCUCUUAGUUUACACAUUUGCAUAGACUACACACAGUUGUAUGUUGUACAUUUAUGGCAUAUAGCUGGUAUUUUUUCCCAAAAGUAAUAAGGUUGAAGAAAUGGGUCUCAUCACUCCCCCUGUGACACAGAAACACAAAAACACUUUUGAUCAUAGAAAUGUUUUUUUUCAUAAGCCAAAUGAACUUACAGAAUAACAGAGCCAUUGAUUUGUUUCCUCAAAAAAGUUUUCAGUGCAAGCUGGUAUUCUGUGUGUGAGUAGAAAUGGUUCGCCACCGGCAGCUGGUGAAUUCAGAAUUUUCUUGUUGCUUUUGUAUAUUAGAUUAGAUUUUUAAUGCACAGUCAGUGUGCACCGCUGCAGGCGAAUUAGAUGUCAUUAGCACUAGAGGCUAUACUUUUGGAAACUUAAGGCAAAAUUAAUUUGGAUUUGUGAUUUGAUUAGCCCACCAACGUUUUCUUUUGUUCAGAAUGCUUGUAGGUGUAAUGAGCUAAAUGUCAUGUGUAUUUGUGAAGAAACAUCCUUUUUGGUCCCUUUUGGGAAUGAGGGGCACUCCUUGAUCUUUAUGAAUGGCAGGUUCCUGUUUUGCCUUAUUGCUUAAUGUAGUGAAAUAAAGCAGACAAAGCUUGGA